UGCGUAAAUUGAAAGUGAAAGUAAAAAUAACAGUUUCGUUUCAUGUUUUAAGUCCGUUGAUUGUUACAAACAUAACAAGAGUUACACCUUAAAAAAGAAAGAAUGCUACAGACCUUUCCUAUGUUGAUACCAGUCGGUUUCUGCUAUUUGUUGUUAUCUGAUGCGCGAGGCUAAAUCUGCCGUUGUCUCUAUAGAAACAACCUAACAGAUUUUAUUUCAUACCGUGGAUGGGAUUAUCUUGGAUCAAAAUGGCUUUCUAUAGUGUUCGCCAUCGGUUUUUUUCUUUUCAUACACCUUAUGUGAGAGGUCUUACCAACGACAGCCUAUCCUGCUGCAUUAAUGCUUUGCUUCAAUCUUUCAAUGUCACCACAGAACUGACGGAAUUACUGAACAAAUGGGAUCCAUCAGAUAAAGCUGAGCUCAAUAAUGUACCCGGGCAGUUGAAGAAAGCUUUGAAUGACAUGAAAAUUUCAUCAAAUCCAUCUCCACACAUGCAUUUUCUGAACUGUCUUCAUCAUCACUCCAUACGCCGAUUUGAUGUACAUGAUGCAGAUGAAAUAUUUCACACUAUUCUCAAUCUUACCCAGAAACAGAUGGCGGACAAAGACAUGGCUCAGGAAAUCCGGAAGCUUUUUGAGAUAAAGGUGGAGACCCAGGUGAUGUGUACAGCAUGCACAUACAUUCAAAAAGUGCCCAACUCUUUGUUUAGCCUCCCCUUGGCGAUCCGAGAAGAGGAAAACGACCUGAAGAGCUGCAUCAAGUCUUUUAGCCAGGAGCAAACCCUGAAGGACGAUGAUGAAUGUUACUGUGACAGGUGCUCAGAGAAACAGCCCUCCACUCAUCAACUAAGACUUGUCUCGCUGCCUGGAGUGCUGUGUGUCCAUCUCAAAAGAUUUAGAAAUGAUUGUAGAUUCACCAGAAAACUCGAGAACAAAGUGACAUUCCCUGACACACUUCAGAAAGACAGUUUUGAUGCAGGACUUUUGGAAAAUGCUGAGUAUUACAGUCUCUACGCAGUAAUAGUGCAUAUAGGAACUGCAUUAUUUGGUCAUUAUACUGCUUACAUCCGGUCAGAUCAGGACUGGUACUAUGCUGAUGACAGCUAUGUUAAAAAAGUCUCCUGGUCAGAUGUCCAGGGCACAUAUAAAGGAUACAAGACGGCCUACUUGCUUUUGUACAGAAAAAUGAGCCGGAGUGCAUCAGAGGAACUCUGCAGCCAAUAAGGACUUUUAUUCAUACAUCUCUAAAGACAUAUGAAAGAUAUAAUUAAACAUAUAAAAUAUUUAAAUAAUAGGACCAAAAUCUAUUUAUAGUUAUAUUUUCCGUAUAGAAUGUGGUGUUAAUAAGAAAAUAAUAUAUGUAUUUGGUUUAUGGGUUAUAUGUAUAUUAUAAUUUAAUAAUUGUUGAAUAAUAUUACAGCAUUGUAUACUUUUACAAUAUAUUUUAAUAUAAAGAAUGCAAUGUUUGGAAAAGAUUUUGCUUUAUUACUGUAUACUGUAUUCAUGCAUUACUUUAAAUCUUCUCUCAACAGUAAAUAUAUUUUCUAUCAAUCAUGAA